AAAAAUCCAUAAAAAUGCAAUACUAACCAAAGAAUAAGAAAUAUGAUGAGCCAAAUGGACUAAUCGACUACUUCCUCCUAUACGACGCACUCUCUCAUACCGUGAUUGAUGAUGACAACGCAGCAGCUAACGGCAGCGGGUGAAGAAGGCACGUCUACGGGAACGGCGGCAACGGCAGCGGCAGGGGGUGUUGGGGGCUACGUUGACAACAAAGCAGAAGCUCUAGCCAUGACAGCAGCAGCCACAACAACAACUACAACAUCAGGUGGUGGUGGAGGAGGAAAGCAAAGCAAACCCAGGUCGAGGUCAUCUGCUCGCUACGAUGACGUGGAGAAGCAGCAAAGGAAAAGUCGUACCAUUGUCUCCAUACCGAACACCAUCAAGCUGAGCAUGCUAAACAGUGGUUUAUUAUCCUUUGAACGCAUCAAAUUGGAGGCACGCGAUGCAAACAAUUCGUUAUCGAAAACCAUACCCAUGGGACCCAUCGAUAUACGUCAUUUUCUCAAACUGUGCGAUCUGCGUCGCAAAUUUCCCGUAUUGUAUAAAUUGGAAUUUCAAACGGCUGCCAAAGUGGAGACCAACACCUGCCGGCAUGCCAUGAAAAAGAACAAUCAGGAAAAGAAUCAGAAUCCCAAGUGCAUUCCAUACGAUUACAAUCGUGUUGUUCUAGAGAAGCUUGGCGGACUACAGGACUCGGACUAUGUGAAUGCAUCCUACGUAGAUAGUUUACUCAAGCCCAAUGCGUAUAUCGUGACCCAGGGACCCGUGGAAGAGACUGUGAAUGCAUAUUGGCGAAUGGUGUGGCAGGAGAAUAUCAGCGCCAUUGUGAUGCUAACGAAGACCUUUGACUUCGCCAAGGUCAUGUGUGUGCAGUAUUGGCCACCGAAUAUGGAGGUCCACGAGACAUACGGGGACAUACACAUAAAUAUCGUAAGAGAAGAGCAACUGGCCAAUUUCCAUAUACGCACAUUUAGGCUCUACAAGAAGAACGAGCAGGGCGAGGUUAGCGAUGAACGUUUAAUUCUGCAAUUUCACUACACCGAAUGGUAUUCCCAUUCAUGCCCAUUUUCCAAUGCUCUGCUUGAGUUUCGUCGACGAGUACGUUUGGUUGUGGGUAAUAUCAUCAAAGACGAAGAUGAUAUGCGGGGACCCAUUCUGGUGCACUGUAGUGACGGAGGCGGACGCUCGGGCGUUUAUAUGUCCAUCGAUGCCAAUCUGGAACUGGCCGAGGAGGAGGAAUGUUUCAAUGUUUUUGGCUAUCUAAAGAAAUUGCGGCAAUCGCGCAAAGGCCUUGUCGAGAAUGUGGAGCAAUACAAGUUCAUCUACGACACACUGGAGGAGCAUAUUAUUUGUGGCAAGACAUGGUUUCCCGUUUCCGAACUCUCAGAUCGCCUUAAGGCCAAAGCUCGCCGCAAUUCUGGCACCAAGAUGAACGAGUAUCAGUCGGAAUACGAUCAGAUAUGCAAGCAAACGCCCCGCUUUACCAUUGGGGAUUGUGCUGGCGGCCAUCGAGCGGAUAAUCGUGAGAAGAAUCGCGAUGUUUUAUGUGUGCCACCUGAUAAUUUCCGGCCGUAUCUCACCUCGUUUCAAGGCAAUGCCUUCACCGACUACAUCAACUCGGUUUUCGUUGAUGGGUAUACAAAGCCAAGGGAAUACAUUGUAACCGAAUGGCCCAUGAAACAUACAUUGGGUGAGUUCUGGUCCCUGGUGUACGAUCAAGAAUGCUCCGCUGUGGUAGUUCUCUGCCAGCCGCCAUCUCAAUCGCAGCAGUAUCCCUCAUUCUGGCCAAACAAAUCGAAAAUGGAGAAAUAUGGCCCAGUUUUCUCUGUGCACUAUGUGAUGUCGAAGAGCUAUACCAACAUCAAGCAGUGGGAAUUCAAGAUCAAUAAGAAAAUCGUAUCGCUCACCGAGAUGAUGGCUGGCGUUAAGGCACCCACUCGAACCGUCCAAUUGUUUCAGUUAACAUGCUGGCCAAUGGGCCAUAAAGUGCCUAGCUCCACCAAUUCGUUGGUCUAUCUGAUGAAUAUGGUUGAGAUAUGGCGGAAUAAGGUCGACUACGGGCCCGUCUGUGUUGUCUCGCCCGAUGGACGCAGUCGUGCGGGGGUUUAUUGUGCGGCGAAUGCGUGCAUCGAGCAGGUCAUUCAGCACGGGGAGGUCGAUGUCUUUCAGGCGGUCAAAACGGUGCGUCGUCAUCGUCCGCAAUUGGUUGAGAAUAUGACCGAAUAUAAGUACUGCUACGAUCUAGUGCUUCACUACGUCCUCCAUUUUCUCAACAAAAAGGAUUGAGGAGACGAUGCUGAUGAUGAGAGGAGAAACUUUUACUUCAAAUGGUUAACACACAUACAAAUUGUAACUAAAUCUUGUCCAAGUGGUCCACAUUUUAUGCCUCUUAUUACUUAACAUAUAUAUUUACAUAUAUAUAUAUAUAAUUUUAGGGUUUGGCACCGCCUUAAAGCAAUAAUACUGAGUAUUUUGUUUGUCCACAAAACUGAACGAAAUGAAAUUUCGACCAAAAAAAAACAAAAAAAGGAACCAACAAUAUAAAUGGAGCACAAAACAAGAUGUUAACAAAUAUUUGAGUUUUUAUUAUUUUUGUCAGGUCCCAAAAACGAUCACAAAUGAUCUCAUCUGGACCUUAAAAUGAAAUGAAAUAGAAUUGAAAUCUAUAUACCUAUAUACCAGAUAUCUAUAUCUAUAUACUAUAUAUAUAUAUACUGUGUUUAUGAUCUGAACUGUAUGUGCCAUUCGUAAUACCCUAGUUGUUGUUGAAAUGAAACUAUUACUAUUAAAAACUAAUAUUUAUUAUAAUUAAUAUUAUAACGUUUACUCUUAAAAAAACAAAAAAGAAAAAAAGAAAAGAAGAAAACUUGCUACCUGGGCAAUUGUUGAUAUAUACAUAUAUAUCGACAUAUAUAUGUAUAUGUAUAUAUAUACCUAUUUAUAUUUAUGAAUGUUAUGUACUAUAUAAUGAAAAGUCGCAUUGUUUUUAA